GGGCGCAGCGGGAAGCAGGGGUGGGAAUGGGUCGGCCUGCUCGCGAGGCGGCGACCACUCUGGAGGCAGGAGGCCGAUCCGGCAGCUCGGUACCGGACCGCAGGACGCUGACCGCGGCCGGGGCGGCGGCUCGGAAGAGCUUGGGUGGCCGCCUCGGGGCGCUCCUUCCUCCGGGCCAGGGGGCAGCGCGCUGGCCUCCAGGGGCCGGGACCUGAGCGGCAGGCGGCGGGGCGGCGGAAGGCUGUCCGGAUACUGGCCAGGCCCUGAAGGAAAACCCGUGGGUGGUCGUUGACAGCCGGCGUGAGGGGACCCAGCCUUCCCGGGAGAGUGGGGCAGUUGCGGCUGGGACCUCCUACCUGGGCUGCCGGUCAAAGAGCAGGAAGCAGCGAUGUCUGCCGUGGGUCCUGCAGCUCCACACCUGCAUCGCCCUGGUGACAGUCACAGUGGUUGCAUGAGUUUCCUGGGUGCCCAGCUGCCUCCAGAGGUGGCAGCAAUGCCCCAGCUCCUGAGGGACCUGGACAGGGGCACGUUCAGAAAGUUGCUGAAGCUGGUGGUCAGCAGCCUGCAGGGAGAAGACUGCCGUGAGGCUGUGCGGCGCCUCGGGGCUGGCGCAGACCUGCCUGAGGAGCAGCUGGGUGCCCUGAUUGCUGGCACACACACCCUGCUCCAGCAGGCCCUCCGGCUGCCCCCGGCCAGCCUGAAGCCCGAUGCCUUCAAGAACCAGCUCCAGGAGCUCUGCAUCCCCCAAGACCUGGUCGUGGACUUGGCUAGUGUGGUGUUUGGGAGCCAGCGGCCUCUCCUUGACUCUGCGGCCAGGCAGCAGGGGUCCUGGCUGCCCCAUGUUGCCGACUUUCGGUGGAGGGUGGACGUGGCCAUCUCCACCAGCGCCCUGGCCCGCUCCCUGCAGCCAAGUGUCCUGAUGCAGCUGAAGCUCUCGGAUGGGUCGGCCUUCCGCUUCGAGGUCCCCACGGCCAAGUUCCAGGAGCUGCGGUUCGGUGUGGCCAUGGUCCUGAAGGAGAUGGCCGACCUGGAGAAGAGGUGCGAGCGCAAACUGCAGGGCUGAGCCUUGCUCGCCGGUUCCCUUCUGGUCACCGGGGAUAGCUGGCUCAGACAGGUGUCUCCAGAGCAAAGGCCGCCCUUCCCGUUUGAGUAUAAUCGUGUAUUUCUCUAAGUGAAGAAGACAGCUGUGUCUUUCCCUUUUUCUGGAAGUAAAGCAGCUACACAAAAUAUGUUCUUCUGGGUAGGCAUCAAACUGCAGGCCCCAUCCCCCUAGCUGUCAGUUGGUCUUGUUGCCAGGUAAGGGCACCCACUGCUCCGGUGUGGCCAUGUGUAGUCUAGUCACAGUCUGGGGUCCAGGCCAAGGCCUUUGUGAGGACACAGAGGUUCCUCAGCCUGGCCCCACUUAACAACUGAGCUCUUGCUCCUGUGAUUUUGGGAACCCUGUGCUUCAGGGUGCACAUUUCAUUCCCCUGUUUUAAAUCCCUGACCUUAUGGAGAGCAUUCUAGUGGGGAGAGGGAGGCAUUACGAAGUGCAUAAUACAAACAAGUGGUGUAGCUCAUGGGAGGAUGGGAAGUGGUGCAGGAGGUAGAGCAGCCUUUGGAGAUGGGGGGCAAGGCUGUGGGAGAACUGGGCUGUCAUUUUAAAUUGGGUCGUGGGGGGACCUCCCUGGUGGCCCAGUGGUUAAGAAUCCUUCCAAUGCAGGGGACGCGGGUUCGAUCACUGGUCGGGGAACUAAGAUCCCACAUGCCACGGGGCAACUAAGCCUGCGCGCCACAACUACUGAGCCCACGCGCCACAAACUACAGAGCCCAUGUGCUCUGGAGCCCACGUGUUGUAACUAGAAAGAAGCCUGCACGCUGCAACGAAAACCAGACGCAGCCAAAAAAAAAAAAAAAAAUCAGGGCAUGGGUUGCACCUCCUUGAGGACAUGGUACCUGAGCAAAGACUUAAAGGAGGCGAGGCGGAGGGAGCAGCCUGUGGUGCACAGGCCACGUGCCUGCAGCCAAGUGGGGGGAAGGUGAGUGGAGGGCACAGGGGGCAGUCCCAAGGGCCUCUCUAAGAGCUUUGGCUCAAUUCUGAGUGAAAUGAGUGUGAUGUGACAAUUGUUUUCAGAGGAUUACACUGGAUGCUGUGUUGAUAGCAGAGCGUAGGGCAGCAGGGUAGGGAUUGGGCGUCUGGUGGAGUUGGCGGUGGCAGGGGAGAGGGGAGCAGGGGCCUCGCCUGGGUGCCUAGGGUGGGAGUGUGUAGAGCCCGUGGCCAGCCCUGCACCCUCCAGCAUAACCACACCCCAGGUAGGGGCCUGGCGUGUCCCUGCCUCCAUGCUCUGCCGCGAAACCAGGUCACAGGUCUGGUGGUGUUAAUAGGCCCGAGCAUCAGGCAGGAACCUCCUCUGAAAACAGCAAAUGAGCUUGGGUGCCCACCUGGCACCUGCGCUUCCCCAGCGCCCCCUUCCUGCCCCCUGCUCCAUGCCACGACCCAUCAAGAGCGGCAGUGUUUGCUCUGUGCUGUUUCCAGAACACUCCCAUGAUCUCGGUUAAUUAAGGCCUUUCCCUGAGUGAGGGUCCUGGCAAGUUAGGUGUGGGCCAAGGGCACAGAGAGGAGGAGGCCACCCUAAGGUGCUGCUGUGUGCUUGGAGCUAGAGUUUCAGAGGCCAGGCCGCAGGCAGAGCCCCAUCUUGGCUCAGCCGAGGAGUGCAGACUCCCCAGGUCUCCUUCAGCGUCAGCUGGCAUCCUUGGGCCCUGCUUCCCUGAGGACAGGAGCUGGCCUGGGCUGUGCUCGCGGUCGCCCGGGCCUGCUCAGAAGAACGUGCACCGGGAAGCUGAGCACCACAUCUGCCUCAACCAGUGAUGGAGGCUUUCCUGGCACCGUCACUGUGCUGUGGCUUCUUCCUCGACCGCUGGGCAUGUGUCAGGAAUAUGUACUCAUUAUGAUACGUUUGGAAAAUCCGAAAAAGUAAAGCAAACAAAAAA